UCUCAUCAAGUAUGAUGGUGUACGCUCGUCGCCUCUAAGUGUUUCGCUGUGGCCUCGUAAACAACAACAAACAGCCACCAUGACUACAGCUGCACGACCCACAUUUGAGCCAGCCAAGGGUGGCAUGGGCCGAGGGGAGCGCGACCUCAGUGCACUUUCCAAGCAGUACUCGGCUCGUGACCUUGCUUCACACACACGGCUCAAAUACCGAGAUCAUGGCCAGUCCACUACUGAAGAGCUCCGCAACCGUGACUUCCGCCGUGAGCUGGAGGACCGUGAGCGUGCUGCCAGGGACAAGCGGACCAGUAGCAGCAGUGGUGGCAGCGGGAGUGGCAGCAGCAGCAGCAGCAGCAGCAACAAUGCCAUAAGGGAUUCUGGAAGCUCCUCCUCCUCAUCAUCAUCAUCCAAGAAGCCAAGACUGGACCAGAUUGCCCCAUCUAACCUGGAUGCUGAUGACCCUCAAGAUGAUGACGAUGAUGCGUCUGAUUCUGAUGACUCAGAUGACGAGGCAGUCCUGUUUGCUGAGCUGGAACGCAUUAGGAGGGAGAGGGCAGAGGAGGAUGCCAGGAAACAGCAAGAAAGGCAGGAGCAGGAGGAGCGGAUACGCAUGGAGAACAUUAUCUCGGGCAACCCACUUCUCAAUCUUGCGGCAGCACCCAAGUCUGACAUGAAGGUUAAGAAGCGAUGGGACGAUGAUGUGGUGUUCAAAAACUGUGCAGCCUCAGAACCUGAUAAAUCAGAAAAGUCUUUCAUCAAUGACUCUUUACGAUCAGAGUUCCACAAACGUUUCAUGGAAAAAUAUGUUAAAUAAUUGUGCAUUUUCAUAUAUGUAAGUUAAGAUUUUAUUAAGUGAGGAUGUAUUAGAUUACUGAAGUUACUAUAUUGUUACAGGUUGAGAAUCCUUUAUUCAUAAUUCUGGAUGUAAUCUAUAUUUAGGUUCUUUCCAAAAAAAAUUUUGCAAUGCAGUGAUAUUUUGAUGCUGGGGUUUACAAAACCCAUUUUCUUAUUUCUAAUUUUGUUUAAAGGAUUUCUAGUUUGUACCAAGUUGGCUAAUGAUUUUCAGCAAUUCAGAGGAAUUCAGUGUACAUAAUUGAAAUAGGAAUAGGAUAUUUGAACUCUGGUUUCUCUAAAUUUCAGUUAGUAUACAAAGUUGAAAACUCAAAUGUGUAUUUAAUUUUUGUCUUAUAUUGAUUAAUGUUUUUGGUAGAGAAUGUGUCUGAUUAUAGGCUAAUAAGGAUUAGAGUUAAUAAUUAAAGAUGAUUUUUAAUGGAUCUUGCUGAUUGAAUCGUGAAAUGGAAAUGUUAUUCUAUAAAGGCAUAUCCUUGAAUAUGAUUAAUAUGAACACUACAUGCACUUAUUAAUCUUGAAUAUGGAAAACCACUUUAUUAGUCUUAACAUCUUGACAUGUACUCUUAUACUUGUUUAUUCUAAAAAGAAUCCAUUAAUUAUGUUUUUCUUUGGCCUUAAACUUUCAGUAGAAUAAAGAGUCAGUUGAACUAAUUUGUGCAGGAUAAAGUUGCAUACUUGUCACAAUGUCAGAAAAAAAAAAAUCAUAAUUCAAACCACUUAGUGAUUAAUACAUACAUACUUUCCCACUUCUGAAUUGUCUAACCUUUGUUAUGUUCAUGUUUCUGCAGUUUCCAUUCUUCACUUUACCUGAAGUGGAAAUACAUUUGCAUAUUAUAGUUGAAAUAUCAACCCAAA